GCAGGGAUCGAGCUUGAAUCGAAAUCUUACCUCUCGAGCUCUCUUGACUCUUCCCGGCCAGCCAGCGCGAGUUACCACCUGUUACCACUUGCCACGUCGCCCGUGGCUCUGCCGCCGCGUGGCCGCCCGCGUCGCACGUGUCGUCCCCGGCUCCCCGCAUAAAGCACGCAGCCAGCGCCUCCGUGCCUCCUGCCGAGAACUCCCCCAAACUACGUACAUUUGUCUGUCUCCAAUAUCCAAACCCAAUCCCAAAAGCUCGAUCAGUCCCAGGCAGCAGCCAUGGCUCCGAAGCGACGCGUUAAGAAGGUGGUGAGCUCCGUGGUGAGGAAGAAGACCACCAAGGUGGUGCAGGAGACCGUCCAGGUCUCCACCGCCAUUCUCCCCGACGACUCCGCCCAGCCGGAGCCGGAGGUCGUCGUCGACGUCUCCACCCCCGCCACCGUCGUCAAGCACGUGGAGGUCACCUCCGACGUCGGAGACGACCAAGCCACCGCCGCCGGCGCCACCGCCGUCAACAACAAGCCUCCACAGUCCAAAUCCCCAGACAAGCCUGCCGAUGACAAUCAGGCGACAGCGCCGGCUGUGCCGUCGCUGCAGAGCCAGGAGACGCAGACGCAGGACCCCAACGAGAAGAAGAAGACGCCGCAACAGGAGAUCGUCGUGGUGACUACCAAAGGGCCGCCGGGGCUGGAGCCGGAGGAGAAGACCAAGAAGCUGCAACCAGACGCGCCCGAGACGCCCAAGCAAGCAGGCGGCGCCGGGACCGGCGGCAAAGACGAGGCUGCGGCGCCGAAGAAGAAGAAGAAAAAGAAGAAGAAGAAGAGGAAGGCGAGAAGGGGCGGCGGACGGCGGCGGGGGCCGGUGGGGGACAUGGGGAUGAUGGGGGGAGGGUACAAGAGGUACGUGUACAGGGUGCUGAAGCAGGUGCACCCGGACAUGGGCGCGUCCGGGCGGGCCAUGGAGGUGCUGGACAUGAUGAUGGGGGACAUGUUCGAGCGCCUGGCGGACGAGGCGGCGCGCCUCGCCAAGGUCGCCGGACGCGCCACGCUCUCCUCACGCGAGGUGCAGAACGCCGUCAGGCUCGUCUUGCCCGGGGAGCUCGCCAAGCACGCCAUCUCCGAGGGCACCAAGGCUGUUACCAGCUACAUGUCCCUCGCUUAGCUUGACCGCCCGGCCUGGCCGCCUAGCAAUGGGAUUAGCUCGAUUGUUAGUGUAGGAUCCAGUAGGCUCUAGCAUCAGUGUACUAGCUAGCUUUUAGUUACUUGCAGUAGUACUACCUUGGAUUUGGAUUAGCUAGUCAGUGUCGGUUGUUGACGUGCUAGUUUGAUCUGCGUGUUUGUUUUUUGUGGUUGUUCGUAGGAGUAGGAUCCAUAUAUAGCCUCCUGGUCGACUGUUGUAGGAGGUCCAUGGCAAUUAUCAGCAUCUCAGAAGUGCCGAUGUUCUAUUAACAUUUCGAGGCUAGAAUUUGAAAUGAUAUGGUGUGUGUGUCGAUCGA